GAAGCCAUGGCUGCUGGCACAGGGAAAGGUGACUCAGCCAGAGGCACCAACCCAGGGUGGAAGAUACAACCAAAUGAUUUUAAGGUGAAUUACAUCCCAGGUGUAUGUCCAAGAGUGACGUACCUGCUCUAUGAAAUCAGGUGGGGCAGAAGUACCAAGUUCUGGAGGCACUGGUGUCGAAACACCCCAACCCAGCACGCCGAAAUCGCCUGUCUGGAACAUGACUUCAAGAAGUUAAAGUUCAGGCCAUCAGUGCACUGCUCCAUCACCUGGUUCCUGUCCUGGAGCCCCUGUGGGAAAUGCUGCCAGAGUAUAGUGGAGUUCCUGAGGGCACACCCCAGUGUGACUCUGAAGAUAAAAGCAGCGUGGCUUUUUAGGCAUAUGGAUGAACGCAACCGACAAGGCCUCAGGAAUCUGAUGGAGAAUGGAGUAGCCCUAUACAUCAUGAACCUGCCAGGGUCUUCCUUCAUUGUUAGCAAGACAUGCACACCGCUGAGUAUCAGCAGCACACCUUCAAUCUCCUCUUGUGAGACAACUAGUGCCAAAUGCUUUUGCAAGAGUACUGUGCAGCAGCCAAUGACUGGCAGCCUUUACAUACUUACCAGCCCCACACCCACAUCUAUUGACCUACUAGCCUGAAGCACCAGCCAAUCAUUGCCAGACAGCAGGGCUGCAAAAGGAGCCACUCAGAAGCAGCCAGCAAGAAGUUCUGAAAAAGCAGCCAAUAAGUAUUCAACAGGACCUUGGGUCUCCAUACGCAACACACUGGGGUUGGGGGAUUGAGUCUCCUCACCAGCCCUGCAUGCCCUUUGAGUAGGGGGCAGGGGCUGGAGCCGAUCCCUUUGUACCUGCAGUUGGAGAUGUCUCUGUGCCUUCCACCUUGGUGAUCAGGAAAAUCCAACAGUAUAUAUGUUUGCAGUGUUGUUGCAGCCAUGUUGGUCCCAGGAUAUGACUGAGACGAGGUAAUCUCUUUUAUUGGACCAA